AUGCCUUCUCUCGCCAAAGCCCUGGCUCCCCGCCAGUCCACGGCCUGCCAAUGGUGCCGUGCCCACAAGCUCAAAUGCGACGCCGAGCAGCCGAGCUGUCGCAACUGUGCGCGGCGUUCGGUGGUGUGCGUGACGACCAAUCUACGGAAGCCAGACGCAGAGGGGAGGAGGCAGUUGCCUGAGGGAAGGCGAAGACGAUAUCAUCAAACGCCGUCGGCUACUCCGAAGGUGCAACCCGGCAGAGAAUGCCCGGCUCUCCUUCCCUCUCCAUCACAUCGCACCUUCGGGACGCGGUCGCCGGACCGGAUCCUCCCAGGACACUUUGCGACGCCGUUCGGGGAGGGCAGAGAUGAAGACGAGGCGUCGAUAGGGCCAACAAUGGCCAGAACAGACACGCACGGCGUGAGUGCGACCGCACCGACGACAGGUGGCACCAACAGCCUCUGUCUUCUGGUGCAGUGGCUGGAUCUGUUCAUGAUGAAGAACCCGGCAUGGCAGCCCGUGUUUCCUCACUUUCGGCACGGACUGGUGUAUGCAUCCGAAAUCCCGCUGCCAUCGCCGUAUUUGUCGAUUGGGACAGCCUCGCCUGGUUUGCCUCCAAUUCCGGCCGAAAGUACGAUGAGGAGAUACACGGAGACAUUCUUCACCAAAAUCCACCCACUCUUUCCGAUUGUGGACCACCAGGACAUCCUACAUACUGUGGCCCGCCUCGGCGACAGCCAGACAAACGACUACGGCCUUCUGGCAUGCACGUAUGCUCUAUGCAGCCUGGCAGCUGAUGAAGAACACGGCGGCGUAUCAGACGACGGCACCCGCUAUCUCGAAGCAGCGUAUGGUCUGUAUGCUCACUUGGUAGCACGGCCGUCCAUCUCGUCUGUUCAGGCACUUCUCCUCCUCACCCUCGCCCUCCGAAACCGCAACAAAGACGCCGUCAGCUGGGGCAGUCUUGGGCAGGCCAUCCGACUAGCACAGGCUAUCCAACUGCACCGCAACGACAGCAGCAACGUCAGACAGAGUGAAUUGGCCUCCCGCCUUUGGUGGACCGCCUACAUCAUGGAAAGGACAAUGGAGCUGGAGACGGGCCGGCCAUCGGCCAUUCGCGAUGACGAGUGUGAUCGGAGGGUGCCGAAACCUGUCACCGAGGGGUUCGACUACUUUGGGAGACUCAUCGAGCUGGCCCAUCUGAAAACAAGGGUCAUUCACCUGCUCUACCGCAGUAGCGGACGUCGUCCCGUCAAAGACUUGCUCUUUGAAAUGGGCCAUCUCGACCGCGCCCUCCUCGACUGGGCCGACACCUUUCCCGAGUCCGUACGACCUGGCCGGGAUCUGUUUUGCAGCAGCGGUGAGCUCCCACGGGCCACGUAUGUGUCCCUCCAGUUCCACCAGACGCUGAUUGCCCUGCACCGGCCGGCGCUCAUGUCGGCACCCGGCUUCCUGCGGAACCGAAUCAACACCUACUGCGCGGGCACGCCGCUGCGCGACCGUCUUCACUUUAGUCUGUGCAUCGGAGCAGCGUCGGCGCGGGCCUUGCUAAAGGCGACCAACGACCUGUUCAUGUACUCGUCGACACGCGGCAAGACGACGCGGUUGAUAACGGCCGACGUCGUCCUAUUGGGCGUCCUGACCCUCGGAAUUUACGCCACCAAGGUGUCCACGAGCCGCCUCAACCGGUCGGACCUGGCGCUUGUGGACACGUUCGGCGCCCUGGUGGAGGACGAAUACCGCCGGGCGGGGCACAAUGCAGAGUGCAUACGGGGGAUUCAACUGUUCCGGACGCAGCUAAGUGCGAAUGUCGAUGGGACCCAGGGGCCGUCACCAGCAACAACAACCACUGUUUCUACGCAGCCUGCCGGUGACCUUCCUCCGCCGGACUCGACCAGCCCUGCCGGCAUCACAACGCCCGCGGCAUCGAUGGACGAGUUUGGCUUCGACUUGAGCAUGGACGCCACCGACUUGGAGUCCUCGUGGGCCCGUUUCUGGGACGAGGAUUUUGAUAAGCUGCUGGCGAUGCCGGGGGUGGGGGGUCGCUGGUGA